AGAUAGGAUGAGAGAGAGAGGGAUAGAAUAGGAUGACAGAGAGAGGAGCAUGGCAAGAGGAAGAAAGAGAGAGAUAGGAUUAUUGCAUGAUUGGCUAAAGAGGGAUUUAAAACUCUGCCCAGUUGGCUGUUGAUUAGCCUUUCUCUCUUUGUGUGGGUGUGUUUUGGGGCUUAUGCUAUGUCACUGUGUGUGUGCAACUGAGCCAAGCUCUGCAGUUUGACCUAAAGCUGCACAUUCCUUUCAGCUCACGUCAAAUCUGCCUGGGAGAGUAAUAGCGAGAGAGUACAGAGCGAGAGAAAGAGAGAAAGAGAGAAAGAGAGAGUGAGAGAGGAGCGUGCCCCGUAGUGUGGUGGGGGACUUAAAGGGGAAAUAGGCAACAAAGGAUAAGAGGUUGUGGAGAAGCAGCUCUUAGCGUGGAGACAUCAGCAGGAACAUGUUGCUGUCUUUCCUGGCUUUGUGCUGUGGCGGAGCAGCUGUUCUGUAUGUCCUGUAUUCCUGGCUGAUCCCUGCAGCUGUGCAGUACAAUGCAUGGUGGGCCCUGCUCUGGCACGACACCAUUGUAGAGAGGGCACUCAAUAUCCUCACCCGAUCCACCCGACCCCAGCGUCUUCUGAGAGCAGUUCAGAAGAAGGCAAUCAAAGGAGACCCUCAGAGUGUCAUCUCUACUAUCGAUUACUUCUGCAGGCAUUCUGAAUGGGCCAUGAAUGUGGGAGAUGAGAAAGGGGCCAUCUUGGACUCUGUGGUGUGCGAGGUUAGUCCAUCCACUGCCCUGGAGCUGGGUACGUACUGUGGUUAUUCCACUGUUCGUAUUGCCCGCCUGCUGCCCCCUGGCACCAAGCUCAUUACCCUGGAGUUCAACCCAGACUAUGCCGCUGUGGCUCGUCAGAUCAUUGAGUAUUCUGGGCUCCAGGACAAGAUUUGUCUGGUGGAAGGAGCCUCAGGAGAUCUAAUCCCCAAGAUGCAGGAGCUAUUUGGGAUUAAAACGUUUGAUUUUGUCUUCUUGGACCACUGGAAAGACCGCUACCUGCCUGAUAUCAAACUUCUAGAGGAGUGUCAGCUGCUGAGGAAAGGAUCCAUACUGCUAGCAGACAAUGUCAUCUGUCCUGGAACCCCUGACUACUUGGAGUAUGUCAGGAACAGCCCCCGGUACGAGAGCAAAUAUUUCAAAUCCCACCUGGAGUACACUAAAGUGGAGGAUGGCCUGGAGAAAUCUGUGUUCUUGGGAUAAAGACGUGACAGGCCGUGGUUCAUAUUCAAUAACACCUACCGCACCUAUGUUUAUCCAGUAUCUUUGUUUACUUACCUACUGCCCAUGUACACACUAAGGAGUGGCACUGUGAAAACAAAACAUCUAUCUGAAAGGCUCUGUGCAAUUGGGAUCCUUGGGACAUCCCUGGUCCAUUGAAGUUUACAUUUAAAAUGGUUAUGGUUAAAGUAAGUGUAAAGGUUAAGGUUGGGUAAGGGUUACAUUUUAUGGUAGGGACAUCCCAAGGAUCCCGGAUAGCACUGACCUGUCUGUAAGGAAGGCCUACCUGCUACUUUUAGAGGACCCAGCACCAUUUUGACACUACUGCGUAAAUACUGCCAUGUGGGUUUAAUUUAAAUGAGCUCUCUGUAUCCUUCCGUCUGCCAUAGUGGAGCACAAAAAGGAAGGGCGGGUGUAUUGUCCCUAUUCACAAAGCCUUUAUUUGACGGUUUAAAACUACUUAGUGUUGUGUAAUAGGAGUCAAACCAAGAUGAAUAAAAUCAGGAAGUCAUCUUAUUACCAUAUUUCUGAUGUGAUUACAGUAAAAUGCAGUGCUUUACAUUAUAUUCUUUAUGCUUCACAUUUUGUAAAAUUGUUGUAUAUUACAUGUUAGUCAUUUAGUAGACACUUAUACAGAGCAACUUACAGGAGCAAUUAGGGUUAAGUUCUUUGCUCAAGGGCACGUUGGUCGAUUUUUCACCAAGUUGGUUCCAGGAUUCAAACCAGCAACCGUUUGGUUACUGGCCCAACGCUCUUAACCGCUACACUACCUGCUGCCCUAUAAAUUAAUUUAUCAAUUGUAAACCUUGCUUGUCAGGCAUCAAUUGUUUAAUACUUGCAAGAUUUGCUGAACAUUCGUAUUUUUAAUGAUGGAUUUUACUCAGAUUAUUUUGAACCCAUCUUUGUAAUGAAGGGUUUGGAGUUGUGAUGAUAAUGAAGAUAUUGAGAACAACGGACAAAUGCUUAAAUCCAAUUAAUGUCUUUAUUAACAUCGCAAAGGAUGGGUCGUGCUCAGACGAGUACCUUGCCAAACCUACAUUUGACAUAACUCUAACUUAAACAACAUGUACAUCCUAAGAUCAUUACCGAAUUUAUCAUUACGAAAACAUUGGGUCAGUUACAGUGCCUUCAUAAAGUACUCCUACCGCUUGACUUAUUUCCACAUGUUGUUGUGUUACAGCCUGAAUUCAAAAUCAAUAACAUGGAGUGUUUUUCUCACCCAUCUACACACAAAAGUUCAUCAUAACAAAGUGAAAACAUGUUUUUAGAAAUGCUUGCAAAUGUGUUGAAAAUGAAAUACAGAAAUAUCUCAUUUAUAUAAGUAUUCACACCCCUGAGUCAAUACUUUGUAGAAGCACCUUUGGCAGCGAUUACAGCUGUGAGUCUUUCUGGGUACGUCUCUAAGAGCGUUCCACACCUGGACAUUUUCCUAGUAUUCUUUACAGAAUUCUUCAAGCGCUGUUAAUCAUUGCUAGACAACUAUUUUCAGGUCUUGCCAGAGAUUUUCAAGUAGAUUUAAGUCAUAACUGUAACUCGGCCAUUCAGGAACAUUCACUGUCUUCUUGGUAAGCAACCCCAGUGUGGAUCUGGUUUUGUGUUUUAGGUUAUUGUCCUGCUGGAAGGUGAAUUCAUCUCCCGGUAUCUGGUGGAAAGCAGACUGAACCAGGUUUUUCUCUAGUGUAAAAACUGAUCUGAGUUGUGUUGGUAAAAGGACUGUAUCUUGCUGUAACUGUUGGUUUGAGUUAGGGCGUGGUGCAGUUCCCAUUAGAGAUUGUGGUUUAUUAUUUCAGUUAAAUUGGUGAAGAUAAUGAUGACAGAUGAUAACAUGUUUGAGGAUGUAUGGAUGGGAUGGUUACUUGGUCAUAAGCAUCCAAAUACACAAAGGAAAGGGUUACAAGAGAAAAGGUGUCUUGUAGCAAACCACUUACAAACAGAAAUGGUAAGAUUUGCCACACUGAUUAGUGACAGGUGUGGGAAUUUAAAGGUUGUGAAGGAGCUGGAGUCCCUCCUCUGCUGGAGGGGGAUUGGACAGGGGGAUGGUGGUUGGUGAUAGGGUGAGGGGACUGUCGGUCAGGAUAGGUGCAAUUAGACCACAUCUAGGGUUUUGCCUGUGCUUAGCUCCAUUCCAUUUCUUUUUUAUCUUGAAAAACUCACCGGUCCUUAAUGAUUACAAGCAUACCCAUAACAUGAUGCAGCCACCACGGUGUUGAGAAUAUGUAGAGUGAUACUCAGUAAUGUGUUGUAUUUUCCCCAAAUUAAAGACUUACUGCCUUGUCUCUUU